AUUACCUUUAAGGUCGUGACCCAUGUAGCCAUGGUACAGUGUAAUUAAUCUCAAAAUUGGCUACAGCAAAAAUGUAAAUUCUGGGUGAACCAAGAAGUGAAAUAGGAUUUUGCCGUUGGUUAUAACGACAAAAGGCAGUAUGGAGAUACCCAAGGACCUGUCAGCUGAAAAUAUCACCUUUGCUAAGGAGAAGAAUAUCCUGAAUGAUAUAGCACAAGAAACUAAAGAUGCUCCUGGGUAUGGAUGCCUGUCCGAAGAUGAGCUCAUGGAAAAGGUGGAGAAUAUCCUUCUAGAGAAAAUCAAGGAAGGACAAAAGCAAGCAUUCUUUCAAUUAGGACUCUUUUAUUAUGAACAGGGAGUUUAUGAAAAGGCGAUAGUGUAUUUUGAGCGGUCUAAGGAUUUCGAUUUUCAGUCCCUGUACAUGUUGAGCGUGAUGCUGUAUGAUGGCGUUGGCUGUAAAUCAGACACGAUUAGGAAGACGGCAACUCGAAAGAAAAAAGCUGUUGAAUACAUGAGGAAGAUAGCAUUGUCCGAUGAUAAACGUGUCAAACAUUUGAUCGGUGCUGCCCAGUUCAAUCUAGGUCGGGCAUACUUCCAGGGAUAUGGGGUGGGCAGGCAGUCAGAUGUAGAAGCUGAGAAAUACUGGCUUCUGGCAGCUGAUGAUGGAAACCCGAAAGCAAGUGUGAAAGCCCAGUCCACCCUCGGCAUGUUUUACUGUAGGGACGAUAGUUUAAAUCUGACAAAGGCAUUCUUUUGGCAUUCGGAAGCCUGUGGAAAUGGUUCCCUCGAAUCUCAAGGAGCCCUUGGUGUAAUGUACGAGUAUGGAGUGGGAGUGAGAAGUAACAAAGAUUCUGCCUAUGUUUGUCUGAAAGAGGCCUCAGACAGGGGAAAUGUGUACGCCAUGGGAAACCUGGUAGCUAAUUACUACAAGAGAAAGCUUUACACCAAAGCUGCAGAUCUAGCUUCCAGGGUUUCACAGUUGUCUGAUGUAGGGCUGAUUUCAAAAGAGACAGAUUGUCUUCCAUCAUUCAUCUGUAAAGGCAUUGCCAUGUCCUGUUUUUACUAUGCCAGAUGUUUGCAUGCAGGUCAUGGGGUCAAGAAGGAUGAAAAUGAGGCUAAGAAGUACUACUCUAGGUGUUACCAGUUUGAUCCAGAUGUUUGUGCCAGCCUUCAGAAUCAGACUCAACAUGGUAAACUAUAGAAUGGAUAGCAAAAAAAUAUACCUCCCUCAAUUCUAUAAAUAGAAUAUAGGAAAAUUAAACAUCACAAAAAUAAC